AUGUAUAAUUUGAAAGCAGAUGAUGGAUUAUCAGCCUUUGACGGACAUUUAAAGGAUUUUGCAUAUGCAUCAGGAUAUACACCAUCUGGCGAUGAUGUGCAACUGUUCAAGUCGCUCAACUCAGAACCAUCUAUGAAAUAUGCUAAUGUUUUGCGAUGGUACCGAAAUAUAAAAAGUUUCAGCGACGAGGAACGAAAAUCAUGGCCCACUCCAGUGACUUCUGCUAAUGGAGUACUGGAGAAGGAAGAGCUUGAUGAAGACCUUGAUUUAUUCGGUUCAGAUGAUGAAGAUGAUGAAGAAAAAGCACGCAUAACCGCUGCACGACUGAAGGGAUUAUUCUUGAAGGCAUAUGAAGAGAAAAAAGCAAAAAAGCCAACUGUGACUGCCAAAUCGAAUAUCAUCUUUGACGUAAAACCAUGGGAUGAUUCGAUUGAAAUGGCUGAUAUUGAAAAGAAUAUAAGGACGAUCGAGUUAGAUGGGCUUGUUUGGGGAGCGGCAAAAGUUUUGCCCGUGGCUUUUGGUAUCAAAAAACUUCAAAUCUGUUGUGUGGUGGAAGAUGAGAAAGUAUCUUCGGAUUGGCUGGAGGAACAGAUUGUGGGUUUCGAUGAUUUAGUGCAAUCGGUUGAUAUUGUAGCAUUUAAUAAAAAACUGGUAUUCGACUUAUAUCGAUUUCUUGUUUUGUGUCCUGCUUCCGCUAAGAUGGAUGGAGUAACUAUCCACGAUUAUCUUUGUUUGAUACAAAUGGGAUGCACACCUCUGGGUUUACCGAAAGUGAGACGACUACCAUUCGAUCCAUUAAAACAUCAAACGAUACAUUUGGAACGUUUGAUGCGAAGCAAAGGUUUGGUAGAUCCACAAUUAGAUGAAGAAUAUCCAUUACCAUAUUCGGAAAAUAUUUCAUUUUAUUCGGAUGUUAACAAAACUACUCUGAUUGAUGAUCAAAAUUAUUCUAUAUCUUCCACAUUAGUACCACCUCCACCAUCACCUACCGUGGAUAUCGCCGAAUCUAAAAUCGAUUAUCGAAUUCAUUAUUCCCACCGCAUGCUGUAUUUACUGAAGAAGGUAGCAGAAAUUUUGGAAGAAAUGCGCAUGACAGCAAGUGAUCCAUCUAUUCUACUAUCGGUUAAUCAGCUAUCAAUAAUAGAAAUAGCAUUUGAGUUUAUUAUCCCAACAGCAGUUCGGCCAUAUGUUGAUGAUGGUGUGAUUUUACACCUGGGUAGGAGCAGUUUGGUGGAGCACUGGAAACCGAUUAUUGGCAAUAUUGAAUUUCGAAAGAAGCAGUUGAAAAAAACAUUGGAAGUUUUUGAUACAUUGAUGAAUUCAUGCGAAAUGAUAAAGAAUUGUGUGGUGAGGAAAUUUCUGGCGGAUUACAUAUGUUUAAAUGAACAGUUGAUCAAAUUGGGUGAAAAAGAUCACAAACAAAAGUAUGGAAAAUUUAUUCUAAGCAUUGACAGACCGAUGUUGAUUACUUCGCUGUUCAUUUUAUUAACCGCAAAUAGGAAACAGCCGAAAUGGUUGCAUAAAGCAAUAAGCAAGCAUAUCACCAAACUUUUGUUGUUGGAAAAUGGAUUGUAUCACUUAAUAACAGCAAUAACCGAAGGUGCAAACUGUUUUGGAGAUUUCGGAUUUGUGCAGUCAUUGUCUCGAAUAUUGGUAACAGUUCCUUAUAAAAUGUCGAAAGAAAGAUAUUAUAUUUCUUUAAUUGAGAAUUUUUUGGUUGUCAUAGAGAACCAUCCAAAUGCUGGAGAUGCUGCCGUUUGCUUUACCGUUGUGUUAGAUAUGUUGCCUAAAGAGUUAGUCGAAAUGAUUUUCGAUACAUUAUUGUUACCAUGGGAGUUAUUCAAUUUAUGGACCCUACUGUAUGCGAGCUACACAGAAAAUCAAGAAAAUCGAUUGCAUGGGAUCCCAGUAGAGUAUGACAAUGCUGGUCAGGGAAUAUUUGAUAUUUUACACCGAAUUCUCGAUGAUCCAUCAUUCGAAACAGUGGACGAGAAGGCUGAAUUUCUUGUUCGACAAAUAGAGGAUGACUGCGAUUCGUAUUUACCAGAGCUAAGUUACAGAAAGACUCUGAUCGAAGAGAUCGAACAAGAGGAAGUCAGACAAGAAGAAAAGCAAUCGAAUGCUUCGUCGAUAACCUCCACUAUUUGUAAAAAUCAUAUUUUUUGGCUAAAACUUCUCAAAGCCCAUUAUGCCAAUCUUCGAAUCUAUCUUGUAAAGCCUGAAAAAGCAGAAAGCUCAUUCAUUCGUUUUGAGAAAGGAAUUUUGAAGAUUUUACAGGACGAGGAACCAAAAUCAUCACGUCGUUUAGCAAUCAGAACGGCGAUGUGUUGCAUUGAGCGUUGGGCAGAAGUGGAUUCUGAAAAUGGUAGUUAUAUUAGCACUUGUAGUUCUCGAGAGACAUCAGAUAGUGAAGAAACAAGCUUUGAAGGAAGGAAACAGAGAGUAAACUAUUUUUUGAACGAUUUAUUGCCUAUUUUAUCGGAGACAAGUACACUUUCGGAUGAUAACUUGGCAAAUCUUAUCGACAUCCCAUUGACCAUACUGGAUGUCGCCACGGCAAAAUUGAAUGUGCACGUGAAUACUAUUGCAGUGGACAUAAAAGGUUUGGUAUUGGAAGAAGAUAAAGAACUUGAAGCUACUGAUCGAAAUAAUGUCCAUUUAGCACUGACAAUUCUUCAAUGUAUUCUGGUCUUCAAACAAGGAGAAUUCGUAAAAUUCAAAGAAAAUCUGAUACGUGGAGCAAAUAUUUUGCAAGCAUUUUCGAAUACAGUUUCAAAAUUAGGUGAUAUGGAUAAAAAGCUGUAUUUGGACUUCCAGCAGCUUGCUGUGGAAAUUAUUGCGUUAUUAAAAGCAAAUGAUAUUGAACCGAGAGAAGAUGACACAGCACCUAGUUUUAUCGAUGAAUCACCUAGUGUUGGUGAUAAUCCGAUGAAUGGUCGAGGUUCAGAAUCCUUUUCUUUGGAACAAAUUCAGUCUGAUCUUUUGGAUGAAACGGAAUCUGUUCGUGGGCAUGCUUUAAUUAAAUUAGCAAAGGGUAUUCGCCGAAAAAACAGACAACUUCUGGAUGACAUUACUGCUUAUCCUGGAAUUAUGCGUAUUGUUCUAGAACAAGUUGCUGAUAAUGAUUCUUACGUUUAUUUGGCAGCAAUAAAUGCAUUAACGGAAUUGGCAUAUUGGAAACAACAAUUUUUCGAUGAGAUGGUGGAAUUCUUUUUAGACCCGGCCGAAAAACUGAAGUCUCUUCUCAAAUUCAACAUGGAUAACUUACGAGAAGAAGAAAAGGAAACAUACUUAUUAAUACAGAGAGUGAAAAUAGGCGAAGCAAUUGCGAAGGCAAAUAAAAAUCUAGGUGAAAUGGCGCCGGCAUAUUUUGACCGCAUGGUGAAUCCAAUGUUGUCAUUGAUGCUUCAUACUAAAGAUGAUCUGCUGCGAGCUUCAGUGCUCUCUUCACUAUCUAAUCUUAUUGUUUCGUGCCGUGGAUUGAAUAUACACAAACAUCUUGCUGAGAUGUUAUUAGCAGCUAAAUUAUAUAUACGUGAUGCUGAAGCGGAAAUAGUACGACGGGCGGCAGUUGAUCUGAUGCGUGCUAUUGUCAGGACAUAUGAUAUUAGUCUUCUGCAAGAAGCUCCAUCACAUCUUUAUGAUAUAGCAGAUUCGCUGAGCUAUAUCUUGGACCAGGAUGAGGAUCUGGUCGUUAAAACUCAUGCAAUGUUAUGUCUACAGGACAUCGAUGCUCAAAUGGAGGAAGGUUUUCUGGAAUUUGAAAAGGCUCAUACUCGCAAAAUACGAUUUUAA